UCUAAGCAGCUGCACGUGUUAAACCCAAUACCUAUCAAUUUUAGGCAAGUUAAAUAAUAACGACUAAAUACCUAUGUUUAAAUUUUCAUGGUUUUCCCGCAGUAUUAAUCGAGUAUGAUCCAUGAUGGACAUUAGUCGAAUAACGAAUACUUAAUAGUAGGUACAUACUAUUAUGUCCAAUAAUAGUUAUUUUGAUUUUUCGUCGUCAUUUGUUCGUUAUUCUCACUAUCGAAUUUAAUAUGGCGAAUCAGAUUGACUUUAAAAAAUAUACUGAUCUGCUAUAUAAUUAUGAUGGAUCAAAAAAUAAUGCAACUUCAACACCAGUUUAUGGACCUUUUGAAAAACUGCACCUCAGUGAUUGGGGUCAAUCCGAUAUACAUCAUGAUAUUGUGCAGGCCUUUGAUGAAAUGAAUAUUAAACAAAUGAAACCAAUACAACAGAAUUCAUUUUUAUACUUGAUGAAACAUUAUAAUACGGCAAUGAUUGGUUUUUCAAAAGGAAAAUCAGUUUCUUACUUAGCAAGUAUUUACUCUUCAAUUAUGAGGAACAGUGAAGAUAAAGUGAAAAAUGCUGUCAUUGGGCCCAAAGCUAUUAUACUUAGUAGUUCUUUAGGAACAUGCUUUACAUUAGAAGAUUUAUCAAAAAGACUUUUUUCUUCGACCAAUAAAAAGAUUAAUAUUGUUUUAGCAUAUGAGUCUAUUUCAGUACAACAUACAAUAGCAGCUUUAUGUAAUGGAUGUGAUAUUUUAAUUGCUACUCCAACUGGCCUCCAAAAUUUACUUACUCAAGCAAAAAUAUUUAGUUAUUCAAAUCUAAGACAUUUUGUUUUUGAUAAUAUAGAUCUACUGCUGGAUAACUAUAAAACUAUAAUGGGUUAUAUUUUUAAAAUUUUAACUAAACUUAAAGAAAAAGAAAAAUAUAAUAUACAAUUAAUAUCUGCAUCAGUCAAAUGGAAUGAAGAAGUUGAUACAUUUUUAAACCAGUUGUUCCUGAAAUGGCAAUAUAUUUUUGGAUCUCCCCUAGAAGCUGCUCGUUAUAUGAAAAUAGGAUUUAAUGUUGUACAUGUCAAAGAUGAUAAACUAGAAAAAAUAUUACAGUUCUUAAAAUAUAAUAUUAAUGAUACAAUAAAGUGCAGUCAAAGUGUUUUGGUUACAUCUAAUGUUGAUGAACUAUGCAUAAUAUCUAAUUAUAUUCAACAACAUAGUUCUAAUAUAGAGGUAAUAGUGCCAUGUCAAAUGAGAAUUUCUAAUGUUUAUACAUUGCAACAAUGGAAUAAGCCAUUAGAAAAAAAACAACGUUUAUUAAUUUGUAGUGAUGAUAUGUUAAUUGAUUUUUAUAUUGUUGAUGCUGAUUGUUUAAUACAUUAUGAUAUUCCUGCUGAUAAACACAAAUUUUCAAUAAGAUUCAGUUUUCUACAAAAUUCUAACAAUGUUCUUAAAAAUAAAGACCGGAGUACUUAUAUAUUUUUAAGUAACAAUAUUAAAGACAUGUUGCAGUUGCCAAAAGUAGUAGAAAUCAUGAAAGUUUUUGGUAAAGGUGCAGUGGAUCCUAUUUUACUGAAACAUGCCAAGAAUAUAAAUGACUCUCUUGAAAAAGAAAAGAUAAAUUGUGUUUUCUGCAGCGAAAUACAACAAUUUGGUUAUUGUUCUAAACCUAUGACAUGCCAGAGUCGUCACAUUUUAUUCAAGGAACGUGAUGAACCUGGUGUUAACAUUCCUAGAUCUGGAUUAGCUAUUGUAAAAAUUUUAAAAGUUUAUGAUGCAUCUCACAUUUCUGCUAAACUUUUAAAAGUGAAUAAUACAAAUAAUCUCAAUGAUGAACAACAUUGGUCAAAUGUAGAGGACCAUUCUGACGUCAUUAAUUCUAACCUCAGUUCUUACUUUUCAAAUAGAAAUUCUGAAGUUCUUCAUGAAAACCCCAACCCUGGAGAUAUAGUUGCUGUAAAGAUUAAUAAUUCUGGAAAUAUAAUCAAUACUGAAUAUUUCAGGGCACUUGUUAUCAAUGUAGUCGACAAAAAUACAAAAAACCCUAAAGUGAGGGUUAAGCUAAUUGAUGAAGGAUAUAUUGAAACUAUAUCGAAAUGGAAUGUAUUUUUGUUACCUGAUCUGUUAAAAAGUAUACAUACUACUACUGUCGAUAUGUUUUUGGCAUCCGUUAAACCAAUUGGCUUUGAUAAAACAUGGUGUACCCAUGCUAACAAUCGUGUUCUAAAACAUUUGAAGAAUGCUAAUAUUUGCAAUAAUCCAAUUAUUGUUACGAUUAAAAUGGCCUUAGGAACUACUAUAUGGAUAAAAAAAUUAUAUGAAAAAUAUUGGGAUUCAGAUUUAAAGAAAUAUGGCUUUGGAGAAAUUUUGCCUGAGGUUUUAUUUAAUAUUGGUUUUGCUGAUAUAAAUUUUGAACAUAUCGAAAAUUUAAUAGAAUUCAGUAUUUCAGCUGGUAUUGCCAGGCCACUCCAAUUAAAAAUGAAUGUUGAGAAUAAUAAAGAACUCAGCAUAGACGAAUUUAUGUCAAUUUAUAAAUUGCCUCAACCCCAAUGGGCACAUUUGGAUCAAAGUAUCACUUUAGUUGCUGUAAAAUGUUUUAUCAGUCCUAAACUGUUUUUUGUUGAUAAUGUCAAGUACUAUGAUAGACUUGGUGAUCUUCAAUCAAUGAUUGAUAAAUAUGUAGAAGAAAAACAGCCAGCAAAGUUAAAACAUGUUAUUAGUGGAGCAAUUUGUUUAGCUAAACAUCCUCAAACUAAUUUGUAUAACCGCAUUAAAAUUAUUGAAAAAUGUGGUAAUGGAAUUGUUGAAGUUUUUUUUGUGGACACUGGAGAUUUUUUUAAUAUCAAAUUACAUUUAUUGCUUAUAAUACAUCCAGACUUAAUUACUUAUUUACCAUUCCAAGCGAUUGAAUGUAGUCUAAGUGGCGUUAAAGAUAUAUUACCUACAGGCAAUGAGCUAAAUGAACUAAUUGAUUAUUUAUUUGAUAUGACUGAAAAUCAAUUAUAUUUAAAAGUUACUGACACUAUUUCAUCAACAACUUUUACUGGCGGCAGUCUCUAUGAAGUGAUUUUAUAUGAUGAAGAUAUUAAUGUUAAUUUAAAGUUUCAGACUAAAUUCAGUCAAUAUUGUGACCAUACUAAAAUGUCUACAUUUUUAAAUUUAAUAAACAAUGAAUAUAAUGAAGAUAUUAUUGUAGAUAACGAUAAAGAUAUUCCAUAUUUUAUUGAUGAAACUAAAUUAGAAAUUGAAGAUAUGGAUUCUGAUGAAUUAAAAAUACAACAAGAAUUUUUUAAAGAAUUUGGAACUGCUGUUUUUGGAGAAGUAAUUAAUAAUUUAUAG